AUGGAAAUGUUAAAUCGAGAAGAAAUUUGCAUUAUAGUUGAUUCAAGUACAAACAACAGCAAUUAUAAAAUUUUGAAUUGGUCAUUGGUGAAUUAUGCGGACCAUUUGAUCGGAUACCUUGGUGAUCAUUUAAAAUUGACCGUGGAAAUUGAAGAGAAUAACGCUAAGCAGGAGCUACAAUAUUUUGUGAAGUGUACGCCACUAUACGAUAGUUGGAAAAUUGAAUAUAUGAAAAAAGUGCCUUUCUUUGAAAAGGAAUUUCGCAUGCUGAGUUCUCUUUUUACGCAAUUCAAUCAAGCCGGUGGAUAUAAGAGAUGGUGCCCAAGACCACUGUACAUCAAAGAGAAUUUAUUUGUCUUCGAGGAUUUGGCUGUCCUCGGGUACAAAAUGCCAAAUCAAGAAUUUCUUACAUACAAUGAAACAAUAGCGGUCGCAGAAGCUAUUGCUAAGUUUCACGCACAAUCGUACAUCUAUGAAGAGAAAAAAUCCAAACAACUCGGCCGACCAUACCGAAUAUGGGAGGAUUACAGUGAAUACCUACAGGAACCUACCUUAGGUUCAGACUGGCGAGACACUGGCAGAAAUGCUGUCAUUGAUUAUUUGAAAGUUUUCUCCAAAUACAAGGAUUUACCCAACUUUGAAAGACACGUUGAAACAAUCAUAACAAAACUAUAUGAAGAUGUAUGGACUUUGAUGAAACCAAGUAUUAAGUAUAGGAACGUUGUCCUUCAUAGAGAUAUUUGGAAAAAUAAUAUAUUGCUAAAAACUCUGGCCAACGGUACAGUACAUGCAAUGAUAGUAGAUUAUCAAACAGUACUUUACUGUUCUGGCAUGUUAGAUUUAUCUUCAUUUAUAUAUUUUAACACAAACAAAAAUUUUCGACACAAUUAUUUGAGAAAUGUUCAGGAUCACUAUUAUGAUAUACUAAGUCGAGAACUUAACAAUGUGGGAAUUGAUAUUUCUACAGUGUACUCUGACAAAUCUGUAAUGCUAGAUUCUUACGAGGAAAGCCUAUUGUUUGGUUUAACCCAAAGUGGAAUAAUAGUUCCCAUAUCUGCCAUGGGUCAAAACAAGACGGAAGAGCUGUUUUGCAACCCUGAAACAUCCGCAACUAUCAACACGGUGUCCCGUAGCCAAGAGUUCAUUCAAAUAGCUAGAGAAAAUAGUAAUUAUGAAAACAGAGUUACAGACAUACUGGACGAAAUGUUAGAAAGAUAUGUACCAAAUUUAAAUUUGUUUAAGUAAGCACUUAAGUAAAAUUGUACCUAAUAUAUUGUAACGUCUCGUAAUUUUAGUAAACAUAAAACUAAAAUGGUUUAACACAGUUUGCUUUGCAAACAAUAUUUGUUCGUGUAAAGCCUCGUUCUAAAGCGUUCGACAAGUAAUGUACGAAUGAUGGGGGUCGUAGUAGCCUAAUGGUUUUACCUAUCGCGUGUCAAGCUGGGAUUGUGGAUUUGAGUUCGGGCUCGCACCUCGGAGUUUCUCGGAAUUUUUGUGCAAAAUUUAUUUGAAAUUUACCAUGAGCUUUUCGGUGAAGGAAAACCUGGCGAUGAAACCUGCACG